AUGGAUCACUCUGAACUGGAAAUUCUGUUCAAGAUCAUGGGCACGUUGUCCUCUGAUAAAAACUGGAGAGCCUCAUAUCCAAACCCUUGUAAACCAGGCUUAUCCUGGGUUGGGAUAGAGUGCAAACCAGGAAAUGAUAACCACCUCCACGUAACGAGGCUUGAUUUUGGAACACCACCAAAUCCAACUUGCAAGAAAACAGCCACAUUCCCUUCAGAAAUCUUUGAUCUUCCUCACCUUCAAUCUGUGUUCUUCUUUCAAUGCUUCACUCACACCAAGACCACCAUCUCUGUUUCACAAAACAGAGUCUUCAGUUCUUCAAUGCAACAACUCAGUCUUCGAUCAAACCCAGGACUUAUCGGCUCAAUCCCUUCUCAAAUCUCUUCUAUCAAGUCAAUUCAAAUCCUCACAUUGUCACAAAACCGACUUGGCGGGCGAAUUCCGGUUGAGAUUUUCAGUCUGAGCUCUCUCAUACACCUUGAUUUGAGCUAUAAUGUGCUCACUGGCUCCCUACCUUAUCAAUUGGGAAAUCUCAGAAACCUUGUAGGCCUUGAUUUGAGCUAUAACGGGUUCACUGGAUUGAUUCCUGAGACAAUUGGCCAGUUGGUUUUACUUCAAAAGCUUGAUUUGAGCUCCAAUUUGUUCACUGGAAGCAUUUCAGAGAGCAUUGAGAAGCUUAAUUCUUUGGUUUUCAUUGCUUUGGGAAACAACAAAUUAAGUGGAAAACUCCCAAAAGGAUUAGAAAAGCUGCAGAACUUGCAAUAUUUCAUAAUGGAUGAUAAUCCAAUGUUCAUUUCACUUCCAGAAGAGUUUGGUCAGCUACAGAAACUACAAGAGCUUAGGCUUGCUAAUUCUGGGUACUCGGGCACAAUACCACCAGUUUAUUCACAGCUUAUCAAUUUAAGCACCUUAUCAUUGCAGAACAACCGAUUAACGGGCGAAAUCCCAGUCGGUUUCAGUAAUCUUUCUCACAUAUAUCACUUAAAUUUGAGCAGAAACUUGUUGGGUGGUGUUGUUCCUUUUAAUUCAGGUUUCUUCAAGAGGCUGGGUAAGAAUUUGGACUUGAGUGGCAAUCCAGAGCUGUGUUUGAGUCCAUCUGAAUCAUAUUUUGUCAAAAUUACUGGAGUUGAUGUUUGUGGAAACAAAAACAGCACUAGUUCUGUGAUCAAGCCAGUGAAGAAAUCUGAAGCUCCACAUGGGUUCAGUAGGCCAUUGUUACUUUUUAGUGGUUUGAGUGUUCUGGCACUACAUCAGGUACUGGUAGCAUGGGUGUAAUCUUGGUUCUGUUUAUCUUUGG